UUAGUAAAAAAUUUAAACAACAGCGGUGAGGUGGAAAUUUGGAAAUUGGCAAACGCAAGUGCAGGGAGUAACGGUGGGCCGCCAUUCUACGUUACACCCUCCUUUCUCCCCUUCCUAAACCCUGACCAGUUUCGGUUACCGGCCGAUUACGUUCAGUGAUAACUCUGCUAUUCAAAGCUAUGCAAGUCCUCUCAAACGCGCGUCGACUCGCUAGAGUUUUGAACCUUCAGGUUCUCCUCAACUCAGCGGUGGAUCACAAAUUGCUACUCUCCAAGGUUCAAAUCGGCCUUUCUCAAACUCAUCAUCGAUGGCGAACCAGCAACUCUGUAACUUCCCGUUCGUUCCACUUCUUUUAUGACAAUUAUUUGCAAACGGCUCCUCAAUCAAUGUGCUCAAGCACAGGAAAAGCACCAUUUUCUACUGAAGCUGCUAGUGAUGAGAGCAAUCCAACAGAGGCUGUGAAGGAGCUUUAUGAUAAAAUUCUUGAAUCUGUAAAUGUUAAACGUUCAAUGGCUCCAAAUGCUUGGUUAUGGUCAUUGCUAGAAAACUGUAAAAAUCAUGAGGAUAUUAAGCUUCUAUUCAACACUUUAGAGAAUCUCCGAAGAUUUCGGCUGUCAAAUCUUCGUAUACACUCCAAUUUUAAUUGCCAUCUUUGUCGUGAAGUUACAAAAGCAUGUACUCGAGCCGGGGCCAUUGACUUUGGAAAGAAGGCCCUGUGGAAGCAUAAUGUGUAUGGAUUGACCCCUAACAUUGGAUCUGCCAACCAUUUGCUGUCAUAUGCUAUGGAACGCAAUGAUGUAAAUUUCAUGAUUGAAGUGAUGAAACUUGUGAAAAAGAAUAACAUCCCGUUACAACCUAGUACAGCAGAUAUUGUUUUCAGUAUUUGUUAUAAUGUUGGCAAUUGGGAACUGAUCUCAAAGUAUUCAAAGAGGUUUCUCAAGGCAGGAGUACAAUUGCGAAAAACUGCUUUUGAUGCAUGGAUGGAUUUUGCUGUCAAAAGAGGUGAUACAGAGUCAUUAUGGAGAAUUGAGAAGUUGAGGUCUCAGUCAAUGCCGCAGCACACCCUUGUGAGCGGGUUUUCAUGUGCCAAGGGUCUUAUACUGGAACAUAAGAUUGAGGAUGCUGCUGCUGUCGUUAAAGUUCUUAGUCAGACUUUAUCUGAUGCCAAAAAGUCUGGCAUCGUCGUCGAACUCGAGAAGCUAGUCAGUGAGUGGCCUUUGGAUGUGGUCAAGCACCAGCCGGAGGAGAAUAGGGAGGCAGUAGUUGAUGCAUUAAAGUCCGACAUACCUGCCGUGAUCGGUAGUCUGUUGAACAUGGGCUUAGAGGUGGAUGUAAAUUUGGAAAAGCUAACAAUUUAAGCAUAAAUUCCAUGUUGAAAUGUCAAACCAUAUCAGCAUGGCAUUCAAAAAUCCACUGGGCUCUGUGGAAUCAAGGAAGAGAAGAAACGACUGUUUCAGUGUUGAUCGACUAUUUUGUGAGAAUUAAUUCAAUAAUCACCUUUUUGCAGAAGACAGUGUUAUAGAGUCCUUAGUAACAUCAUUUGCUCUGUAAUUGAAAUAUAGUGGACUACCUUUUCGAUUGUUAGUCUGUCACUAAGGCAAUCAGUUCUGCUGUUAAAUUUUCUGCCAAUCAGUUCAUGUUUUAUUUUUUUGAACUCGAGGAUAGAAUGGAGGAGCCAAAUAUAUUUCAGAUUAGCGAAUUUUGAUUCAAAGAUUCUUACAGUUAUAUUGAUGCGUUGCAUUUUAUUUCAA